GAAGGACGGGCCGUCUCUCCGCGCGUUUGUUCCGACCCUUGAUCCCCGUCGUGGGACGGGCGGCCCUGCGCGGAGCUGUCCGCCGGGGCUACGCUCUUUCCCAGGCAUUCGCGCCCGCCCUCCGUCCUCGGGGGCCCCGGAGGCGGCCUCCUGAGCCUUGCGCGGGUUUUUACACGGGGAGGCUGGGGCUCGGAGGCGACAGUCAGCCCGACGGCACCCGGCCCAGUGGAGGUGGGGUGUUUCGGCUGAGGCCGCCGGGCCCGCCCCGUUCGCCCGCUUCUCGCGGGCCGCGUUCUGCUCACAGGAUCCCAUGGCGGCCGCGGCGCUGAUGGACCGGGCUCGGGGCUGUGUGACCUUUGAGGAUGUGUUCGUGUACUUCUCCCGGGAGGAGUGGGAGCUCCUUGAGGAGGCUCAGAGACUCCUGUACCGUGAUGUGAUGCUGGAGAACUUCGCACUUGUGGCCUCACUGGGUUCUUGGUGUGAAGCUGACAGUGAGGAGGCCCCUUCUGAGCAGAGUGUUUCUGUAGCAGUGUUGCCGGUCAGGACUCCAACAUCAGGUUUGUUUAUCGAGAAAGCCCUCCCGUGGGAGAUGUGUGACCUACUCUUGAAAGACAUUUUGCACCUGCCUCAACACCAGGAAUCACACCCCACACAGAAACUGCUUGCACGUGGCCGAUUUGGGAGAGGAUUCUUGUUCAGUCCAAACUUUGACCAGCACCAGAGUCGAUAUAGUAGGGAGAAUCCCUUCAGAGAGGAUGAUGGUGGGGCCUCAUUUGUGAAGAGCUGUGCAGUCCGUGUGUUAGGGAGACCCUUUACUUGCUGGGAGGAAGUGAUGGACUUGCCGGACAACUCUGGCCUCUUCCAGCACCAGACCACUCACAGUGGGAUGAGUCCAUACAAAAGGACUGGGUUCAUGGAGUCUCUCCCACACAGCUCCAGUCUCGGGGGACACCAGGGAGACCAUGAUGACCUGAUGCUUUUCAAUUGCAGUGACAAUGGGAAAGCCUUCCAGAACACGUUCACUCUCCUCAACAACCAGAUAACUCACACUGAAGUGAUACCCUUUAAACGCCUACCACGUGGAAAUAUGUCCAAGGAGAAAUCAGCUCUUCCUCAUCACAGAAAAAUUCACAGUGGAGAAACAUCACAUAUGUGUAAGGAGUGUGGAAAGGCCUUCAUUCACCUGUCCCACCUAAAAAUGCACCAGAAAUUUCACACUGGAAAAAGACAUUAUACAUGCAGCGAAUGUGGGAAGGGCUUCAGUCGGAAAGACACACUUGUUCAGCACCAGAAAGUUCACACUGGUGAAAGGUCAUAUGACUGCAGCGAAUGUGGAAAAGCCUACAGUAGAAGCUCCCACCUUGUUCAGCACCAGAGAAUUCACACCGGGGAAAGGCCUUAUAAGUGCAGUGAAUGUGGAAAAGCUUUCAGCCGUAAAGACACACUUGUUCAGCACCAGAGAUUUCAUACUGGAGAAAGACCUUACGAGUGCAGUGAAUGUGGGAAAUUCUUUAGCCAAAGCUCCCACCUUAUUGAGCACUGGAGAAUUCACACUGGUGCAAGGCCUUAUGAAUGCAUUGAAUGUGGGAAAUUCUUUAGCCAUAACUCCAGCCUUAUUAAACAUCGGAGAGUCCACACAGGAGCAAGGUCUUAUGUGUGCGGCAAAUGUGGGAAGGCUUUCAGCUGCAAAGACACACUCGUUCAGCACCAGAUAAUACACACUGGAGCAAGGCCUUAUGAGUGCAGCGAAUGUGGGAAGGCCUUCAGCCGUAAAGACACACUUGUGCAGCACCAGAAAAUCCACACUGGGGAAAGGCCGUAUGAGUGUGGUGAAUGUGGGAAAUUCUUUAGCCAUAGCUCCAACCUGAUUGUACACCAGAGAAUUCACACUGGAGCAAAGCCUUAUGAAUGCAGCGAAUGUGGGAAAUGCUUUAGCCACAACUCCAGCCUCAUUCUACACCAGAGAGUUCACACUGGAGCAAGGCCUUAUGUGUGCAGUGAAUGUGGAAAAGCUUACAUUAGUAGCUCCCACCUUGUUCAACACAGGAAAGUUCACACUGGAGCCAGACCUUAUGAGUGCAGUGAAUGUGGGAAAUUCUUUAGCCGCAAUUCUAGCCUCAUUCUACACCAGAGAGUUCACACUGGAGAAAAGCCAUAUGUGUGCAGUGAAUGUGGGAAAGCCUACAGCAGAAGCUCCCAUCUUGUUCGGCACCAGAAAGUUCACACUGGAGAAAGGCCUCAUGAAUGCAACAGUUUUGGCAGCCCUUUAGCUCUUAAACUUGUUUAGCACCAGAAAGUUCACACUAGCAAAAGGCCGUAUGAGUACAGAAAAUGUGCUGUGUCCUUGUUCAACCUAAUAGGACUCACACCAGAGAAAAGCUCUGUGAGUACCCUUCGUGAGGGAGCCAUCAGCCAAUAGGUGAAUCUUGUACAUUCAUAAUCCACCCUGGGGAGAUUCCCAAUAAGUACCACAUAGGUGGGAAGCUUUCCUGAGGUGUGUUGCACUUCCUAAACUGUUUGGGGCUCUUGACAGUGUUAUAUCUCUACCAGUGCCUGUGGCAGAAGCCAACUCAUUGCCUCAGCUUUCAGGAUGGCACAGUGUGUGUCAAUCAGUCCAAUAUGCUCAGGGAAGGCAGACCCCUGUGCCCUCUCUCCUAGUCCCUGGAGGAAUCGUGUUUGGAGCCCAUUGACAGGCCUCAUUUCCGCCCCCACGGCUGGGUUCUGAGUGAACCUGAUCUUGCUCUGGCCAAAAGGAU